AUGUCAUCAACUCAGGUUGAAGUUAUAGAGAACCAUCGUGAAAAUGCUGAAGUAUAUACUGAUCCAUUGAUAUGCAUGCAGAAAUGUCUACAACUGCUAGAUGAAAUCAACUUGCCACGUGGAAUCUUCCCAUUGGAGGACAUCGUGGAGGCUGGUCGAAACCAUGAAACCGGUUUCAUUUGGCUGAAGCAGAAGAAGGAAACUGACCACUAUUUCAAGAAGAUCAAAAGAACGGUGACGUAUGCUGUUGAGGUCACAUCGUUUGUUGAGGACCGUCGACUGAAAAAUAUCACUGGCGUCAAGACUAAGGAGCUCUCUUUCACUGUUAAUGUUUCUGAUAUAUGGAUUAAGGACCCUAAAUCCAAUAAAAUCACAUUUGCCAUACCUAGUGGAAUUAAAAGGACGUUUCCAGUAUCUGCCUUCGAGGAGGAAGAAAUAAAAAAGAGAAAAUAA